AUGUCUCUUUUACAAAAAAAUUUACUCAAAGGAAAAAUUGGACAUACACCAAAUGCAUUAAUAAUUUCAGAUAACCAAAAUAAUGAAAAUAAUGAAAAUAAUGAAAUAUUGGAAGAAAUAUUGGAAGAAAUAUUAGAUGAAGAGGAGGAAGAAGGGAAAAGUGGAAUUUCGACUAUGUCUACUACUACAUUAAAUCAUAAUGUUCCGUUAUUUAUAAUGCAUCAUGGAGCAGGAAGUUCUGGUUUAUCAUUUGCAUUAUGUUCUUCACAUAUUAAACGAUUAAUGGAUAAUAAGUGUACAAUCUUUUCUUAUGAUUGUAGAGAUGAUAAUGAUUUAUCUUUAGAAAGAUUAAGUCAAGAUUUAGUUGAUGUCUUGAAAGCAGCAUUUGAUGAUGAAGUUGUAAAAAAACGAUGCGUUGUUUCACAUGUUGCAUCAAAAAGAUUAGUUCCUUCGAUGACUUGUUUAGCUGUUAUAGAUGUUGUUGAGGGAUCAGCAUUAGAAGCACUUAAAGGCAUGUUACCUUUCUUGAGAAAUAGAUCUACUGAAUUUAAAUCUAUUGAAGAUGCUAUUGAAUGGAGUAUAAAUUCAGGAACAGUUCAUAAUCCUGAAUCAGCCAGAAUAUCAACUUUUCCUCUUCUAAUAGAAAAAAUAGAAAAUAAGGAAUCAACUCAUGAUGAAGGUGUAAAUAAAUAUGUUUGGAGAACUGAUCUAGUUACAACUCAAAAAUAUUGGGAAGAAUGGUUUACCGGUUUAUCAGAAAAAUUCUUAUCUGCUCGUGCUGCCAAGCUUCUUAUUUUAGCCGGAACUGAUCGAUUAGAUAAACCAUUAACAAUUGCUCAAAUGCAAGAAUCAGGACAUAUGAUACAAGAAGAUGCCCCAGAAAAAACAGCUUCUACAUUAACUGAUUUUUGGAAAAGAAAUGAAAAAUUAAUUUUACCCGUGAAGAAAUUAUAA